ACACAUAUCCAUAAUUUUAAAAAAUAUAAACCGCAAAAAUAUUGUUUCUUUAUUUUAGUUGUUAUAAUAUUAUAUACUCUUCAUUAUAUAUAUAAGACGAAGAAACAAAUCACAACCCUUCAACAUAAAAUCAAACAAGAAAGAGAACAAAACAACAAAAAAGUUGAUAUGGGAAAUAGUCUAGGAAGGAAAAAAACAGCAAAAGUUAUGAAAAUCGAUGGAGAAAUGAUGAAAUUCAGAACCCCAGUUUAUGCAAACGAGGUUCUGAAAAAUUAUCCAUCAAUGGUAUUAUUAGAAUCGGAAGAAGUAAAGCAUUUCGGGGUUCGAGCAAAGCCGUUGGAGCCUCAACAAGAGUUAAAGCCUAAAAGGCUUUAUUUUCUAGUUGAAUUACCCAAAUACUCCGAAGAGAAGAAUAAAAACCCGAGGAGGGUCCGUUCGGGGAUCCAAAUGAGCGCCAAGGAUCGGCUCGAGACACUAAUGCUAGCAAGGAGAUCCGCGUCUGACUUGUCAAUAAUGAAGCCUUCAAGUAUUAUGACCGAAGACUACUCGUCUUAUCAUAAUGCUUCAGGCUCAUUAAACGGGGUUGGGCCUCAGGCCCAACAACCCAUGAGGCUGAAGCUGAGGUUACCGAAAUCAGAGGUGGAGAAAUUAAUUAUGCACAGCAAAGAUGGGAGUGAUGUUGGUGAGAAAAUUAUGAGACUUUGCAUGAACAAUGAUAACUGUGGUAUUGGAACCGACUUGUUUCAGAGUAAAAGUGGACCGUUGAUGGAAGAAGAAAGUCAAUGGAAGAAAAAUAAUAAUGGAGGAAUAUUGGUUAAGAAGGGAAUCCGAUCUCGAGAGAAACGUGUAGGGUUCUUGCCAAUUACAGAAGGGGAGAUUCAAUUAGCUAUGACAGCUUCAUAACAAAGAGAGAAAAAAUAAAUAAAUCCAUUUUAUUAUAUUAUAUAGUUUUGUGUAGUGUAUGUACAAGUCCUCUCCGAAUUGACUCGCAUAAUUUUUCAGCUAUUUAUAAUUAGUACUAUAUAGGUCACAGGUCCGAGCAAUCACUAAUGCUGACGUUAAGGUAGUUAGAUUGUCUACAUCAUACCUUUUGAAGUGCGAUUUUUUUCGGACUCUGCUAUUAAUGCGAGGUGUUUUGUACAUCGGCUAUCCUCCUCUUCUUUUUUAAAAUCAGGUUUUAGUCAUUUUCUGUAUAGUAAAAAUUAAGAAGCUGAAAAUUAGAGGUGAAUUAUGUGAGAAACUGCUUAUGAUAUAUUA